AUGGCGAAACACGAAGCAGCUCGCAUCAGUGCCUUGAACCUCACAAUUGUGCUUGCACUUUGCUUUGGGAGCUUGACCUAUGGCUACUCCUUCAGCGUCGCCGCGACGACGUUGGGCCAGGCUCCGUUCUAUGCGUACUUUGGCUUGACGACCGAUCCCACCUCAGACCGCUAUGCUUUCACAAACAGGAUCAUCGGCGGUCUCAACGGCUGCUACUCUGCCGGCGGUGUCAUCGGGUCUCUGCUGGCUGGCUGGUCCUGCGAUGCCCUUGGGAGGAAGAAGACGCUCUACCUGGCCACUCCGAUCGGUGUGGUAGGAGGCGCCUUUCAAGGCGGAGCAGCUCACCUUGCAAUGUUGUUGCUCGGUCGGGCUCUGACGGGUAUUUCUGUUGGAAUACUGAUGGUCUUGAUCCCAAUGUUUCAAUGCGAGAUUUCACCUCCCGCCCAGCGUGGCUUUCUCGUUUCUCAGCAUGGUGUCAUCUUGGUCCUGGGGUACGCCCUCGCCGGAUGGAUUGGGUUCGGCUGUUCCUAUACCACGAAUGCCGCUUUCCAAUGGCGAUUCCCACUGUGCGUACAAGCGCUUUGGCCACUAAUCAUGUUCCUCCUCAUCCCUUUCAUCCCAGAGUCCCCUCGCUGGCUCCUGAUGCAAGAUCGCCGCGACAGUGCGUGGGAGGUUAUCAACCUAUUACACAACACCGACAAGGAUUCGGACUCACAUCACAUUUCAUUUGCCCGUGAAGAAUUUUACCAGAUGAGCCAUCAGGUCUCGGCCGACCUCCAAAUCUCCCGGAACGAGACUCUGUCCACUCUCUUCACGAAGCCGUCGUACCGAAAGCGCAUGUUCUGUGCAUUCAUGACCAUGUUUGCGACCGAGUCGACGGGGAUCCUAGUCAUCUACAACUACAGCGUUAUCCUUUACACAGGGCUCGGCUUAUCCAACAAGAUUUCGUUACUCCUUGCCGCGGUGUUUGUGACGAUAGCGUGUAUCGGGAACGGUGUCAAUGCGCUGCUCAUCGACCACUUUGGCCGCAAGAUCCUUCUAGUCGCUGGAAUUGCCGGCAGCCUCAUCACCCUCAUCGUCGAAGCGGCCAUGACAGCACGAUAUUCCGGCACAGACAACAAGGCUGGGCUUAAAACCGGCGUGGUCUUCCUGUUCCUCUAUAUCGCCUGUUACGCAUCCACGCUCGACGCGACCUCGUACGUCUUCUGCACCGAGAUCUUCCCAACCCACCUCCGCGCCCGCGGCAUGGCAUGGUCCCUCGCGAUUCUGUUCCUGUGCACGAUCGCCUACCUCAUCCCCGCGCCCACGGCCUUUGCACAGGUCGGCUGGAAAUACUACCUCCUCUUCAUCGUCCUGUCGACCAUCAAUCUGCCCCUGAUCUGGUACUUUUUCCCCGAGACGAGGGGCCUCGCUCUGGAGGAAGUCGGCGAGAUCUUCGGCGACAAGAUUGAGGUCAGACUCACUCACCUGACCGCCGAGCAGCGGGAGGCGCUGGAUAAGGAUAUCGAGGCCGAAAAAGAGACGGUUGAGUUGGAGCAUGUCGAUCAGGUAGCAAAGUAA